AUGGCAAUCACUCGGUCAUCUUCAUCCCCUUCUCCAGUUCUCAAAAAGAAAUCAAAAAUGGGCAAGAAAUCUUUGGCCAACAAAUCCAAGGGUAAACGCCCAAUCAUUGAUGAUUUUGAUUCUGAUUUUGAAGCUCCCAUGCCGAAGCGUGUGAAACCCACUUCUUCGAAGAAAUCGAAGCUGAACUUGGAGGAGUCCUCGCUUCCAGAAAUUUCUGGGAAAAAAUUUCAAAAAUCUAUUACACAUUCUGAAGAUCGGACUGAGGUUAUGUGUUUUGUUUUCGUUUUUGGUGUUUUCAAUCAUUCUUCGUUUGGGACUUUUGGGCAUUUUCUGGAUAUGCCUGAGUUUGUUUUUCACCCACAAGUCGUUCAUAGUUUACUACUAAGGGAAGUUUUACAGCCUAAUCCUAAGGAGUUUUGGGCUAAGGUUGCUGGCCGUUGCAUACGGUUUAGUGCCGAAGAAUUUUACCUUAUUUCGUGUUUUCUUCUUAGCAAUACUCCUGACAAAGAAGUGUCUAGGUUUGUUCUAGAUGUAGUUGAUAGCGGUCGGUGGGAUGAGUAUUGUUGGGGUAGGGAAUCAUUUGAAUUGACAAUUGACUCAUUCAAAGGUCGGAUUGAGCAUGGGAUCAUUAUGAAAAAUAGAAAGUUGAAGAUAAAAAACAUGCGUCCUACUGAUGAAGAGAGGCAGCUUCAACUUGACGGUCUAUUUCUCGAUGAAUCUAUUGAUGAACGUGGUGUAGCGAAGCAAUCCUUCGAGGGUGGCUCAUCUUCAAAGAAGUCUGAUUCAGCAGAUAUUGAUUGGAUGAAAUCUAAGCUGGAGAUGCUCAGUUCGAAUCAAUCAUCAUUGGCCGAGGACUUCAUUUCGUUGAGGUGUUUUGUUGAUUUUAAUUUCAAAUCCGUAAUGACUGUAAUUAAGGAUAUCCAAGAGAAGGUUAAUGCCAUUCAUCGUCGUCCUUCUGACGAGGGAAAGUCAUCGGAUGAAUUAGUAACUCAAGAUUCUGAUGAUGAUCCUGAUGAUGAUGAUGAUGAUGAUGAUGCCGAGGAUGAUGACAAGCAAUUUCCUGAUCCAGAAAAUAUUGAUUCCGACUCCGACGAUGGUGGUGAGUUGGUUAAAGUUGGUGGGGAUGCUGAUGAUGCUGACAAGGCUGUUACUGCUGUCCCUUCUGCUGAUGUGAAUCCUUCUGAGGAUGUUGGAGGGAGUGAUAAAAAUGUUAAGGAUGUUGAGAAGCCGAAGGGCGAUGAGUCUCGAUUGAAGGGGGACGAUUUCUUUGAUGGAUUGAGCCAGCUUGUAAUAGAUGAUGAUCAAGUUGUGUUGGCUGGCUUGGAGGCUGUUGCUAAAAUCAAUGUAAGUUUACUUUUAAUUGUUUUCAAAAAAACUAGGUUUCUUUUUGGUUGCUCAUUAGUUUCUAGUAUGUUUUGCAACUGUUUUAAUGCAUUCUUUAUUUUUUAGGUCCCCGCACCCAAUCCAGAUGUUGUUGGUGAAAAGUCAGAUGCCCUU